UUUACUACUUUGUAGAUUUGUUUUAUGUUACUUUCAUGAGUAAUCUUUUAUUUGCAGCGGAAAUAUGUAGUCGCUAAUUGAGUUAACCAGCGACAAAACUUGGCCGAUAGUUGAAAGUAAUAACAUUAUUACGAAUAAAAAGUUUCAUGAGGUUAAAAUUGCUGGAAUUAAAGUCUCAUGCACUGUUUUACAUCAUCAAGAAAAUUUACAGUUCCUGCAAGAUUUUAUAAAAAACCGAGAGGGUGAUAACCAUGCUAAGUCCCUAAGCAUGGCUGAUUGUUCCGUCAUUAUUGAAAAAUCAGCGUUGAACAAUACUCGUGAUCUAGAAUAUAGUUUUGUUUCAACUUUCAAAGGCAAAACUUCCUCUCCCAAAGUACUGGACAAAUUAGCGAAUGAUGCUCGAGAUUCUAUUUUGCAAUCAAAUGAUUCAGUAGUCAAAACAUUUAAGAAAUAUAAAAAUCGUAAAACAAAAAGGAGGAAAGGAAAAGAUAAAUCUUUGGAUUUAAUGAUGUUUUCUAGUAGUGAUGGAAAUGAUUUGGAUUCAUCAAUUAAAUCAUUUGAAAAUUGUUUAGGAAACUCUCCUAUUGAUACUGGUGUUAUAGCAGAUGAUUUAUUAGGUAUACCUAUUGACAAAAAAGAAAGUCGAAAAAAGAUCCACUUAUCAGUGCGUCAGCCGAUUCGCAACGUGAGACUAUAGAUGACUUAUUAAAUAUGUCCAA